CCCAUCACGAUACCGUACAGCACGGCCGAUUGUUGCACUGUAUUUCUCCUGAGUGGCCGUACCGUAUAGUACAUAUCCAAAAAUAGUAUCUACAAUACAUACUAUGCGGGAUUUGGUCCCAAUUUCCAAUUCCAACAAUUUCAAUUACUGAAAAAGUUGUUUUUCUAUUUGAGACAGGCAAUUCAGCAGCGAUGAUCCAAGGAAGAACAAUCACACCUGCGGUACCGUUACGUACCCACCACAAAAUGAACUUCCGAUCACGAAAUAGGCGCAUCGAUUUAUAGACACAACACUCAACAGCUCUGUAUAACGACACGCAGAACAGUGACGAUGUCUCAACUUUAUAGUCACAACUUCGCUGGUUGCAACUUGAUACCGAUUCGCGUGGACGCAUUAUCAGACGACAAAAGCAUAAGAAUCGUGGACACGCUGCUUUUUGAUCCUUCCUGUUGGCCGGUGACUCUAUAUGAACCACUUUAUGCUUCUGUGGAAGAAAACGUCAGCCUCAUUGCUCACACCAUUCUUUCUGAUGCAGAAGUUCAAGUAAGUUUUUGCGGUUUCAAACGGGGCGAAUCCUUAUUCACAUACGUGCGUCCUCAUAAUAUGUCUAUCGUAUGUUAACAAAAAAGCCUAUGGGUCGGACCGUUCGACACUUUACAGGAAGGUUAGACUUAUGGAGUAAUAAACUGCAAAAGACGAUCGAAGAUCAGCUUAGGCCUCAAUUAUGGAGAAUAGUCGAAAUGAGCAACGAAGACCAAACCUUACUUGGAAAAAAUGGCGAAACACUUAUACCGAUAUCCAUCCGACUACUGUUCGACCGAAUAAAUAUUCACGAAAACAUCCUAUGGGACAAACAUGGACCUUUAUCUCCAUUUGACUUUGCUGAAGAUAUGGUAAAAGAAAUGAAUUUGCCCGAUGAUGCCAUCAUUUCUAUCGCGAUGACCAUUAUAGAGCAACUGCACGGCCUGCACGUCGAUACAGCACCAGAACCAACGUCAGAAAACAAUGAUAAGAAGAAGUUGUAUAGGGGCGCAUGGACAACGCAUGAUUCUAAAGAGCAUGCGUCUAUUGUCUCACAAGUCGUAGCGCAACAUCGAAGUAUUUAAGGAGAGAAAAUCGAAGGGAGGGAACGGGCGCCUUGUGACAGGAAUUACUCAGGUAGCUAAGUUACAUCCUGGGUUACUGCAAAUAGUAUACAAUAUUCAAAAUUUACCCCCACAUUAAACUGAAAUAUUGCAA